AUGGCCGCCCAAGGCGUCCCCACCAACCCCUCCUCCCACAACAUCGCCACCAUCCUCCCCAAACUCUCCGACCAAGACCCAGACAUCCGCUACAUGACGCUCAACGACCUGCAUAAGAUGCUCCUCGUUGGCGGACCCAACUUCCUGUCCCACGACUACACUACCUGCGCCAAACUGGUCGAAGGCCUGCUCCACACCCUCAACGACAGCAAUGGGGAUGUGCAGAAUAUGAGUGUACAAACGCUGGGUGCGUUCGUGAAGAAGGCGCCGGAGAGCAUUCUGUGUCCGACGAUCGAGAAGGUUUCUCAGGUCAAGACGGGGAAUAGUGUGGAUACGACCCUUGCGGCGACGGCUGUGAGACAGAUUGUUACGAGUCUGGCGCAGCCUGUGGCGGGCGUACCAAGGAGUGGGAAGGUCUUGGAGGCGUACAAUGCCAUUUCCAAAGCGUUGAUCCCGAGACUAGUGGGCAAGGUCGUGGUGCCGGUGCCUAAUGCAAAGGGUCUACCUUCGCCUCCUAGAGGGAUGCUGGAGGAUGAUCUAGCGAGUGGACAUGACAGUAAUGCGAUUGAUUUGCUCACAGAUGUGGCGAGGUGUUUUGGACCGAUGUUGCAGGAGGUGGAGUUGCAGGCAUUGGAGCAGAUUUGUAUGAGGAUUCUGGAGGCGGAGAAGUGUGGGAUGGUGAUGAAGAAGAAGGCUGUUACUGCGAUUGCGGCGCUGUCGCCGUAUUUCACGGAUGGACUAUUGGCGCAUCAUGUGAGCUAUUCGAUUGAGCAGCUCAGGCAGCCGCAUAUAACUUCGCAGCAGCGCAAGCUGUAUCUGCAGGUCUAUGGGAGUUUGGCGAAGACGAUUCCGCAGAAGUUUGGGCCUUAUCUCAAGACUCUUACGCCGUUCGUGCUGGCUCCGCUGAGUCAGGAGGAGCUUGAGCAACAGCGUGAGUCGGAGGCUGAGAACGAGGGCGAGCGUGAUGUUCAGCUUGAGGAGGCCCGCGAAGCUGCUCUCGUAGCUAUCGAGAACUUCUUGCAGGCUUGUGCUCAGGAUAUGAAGGCUUACAUUAAGGAUGUCGCGGACUCGUCGACACGAUUCCUGAAGUACGAGCCUAACGUCGCGGACGACGAGGACGAGGAAAUGGAGGAAGAGGAUGAGGAUGAGGAGGAAUUUGAGGCCGACGAGGACUUUGAGGAGGAGACCGGUUUCGACGAUGAGGACGAUGUGAGCUGGAAAGUACGUCGCUGCUCGGCCAAGACCUUGCAUGCUCUGAUUGAUACUCUCGAUCCGAACGAUCCUGUGGUUUAUGGUCAGAUCGCACCAGCGCUGAUUGUGCGGUUCAAGGAGAAGGAGGAGAGUGUGCGCAACGAGGUCAUUGCUACGCUCGCUUUCCUGAUCGCGAAGACUGGUUUCAGCGCUGCUGGUCAUGCAGACAAUCAUCACAGCACAGCCCAACCAAGCAGGAAGAGGAGACGAGGCUUUAGUGAAUCACUCGGCUCUGAUCAUUCUGCUCAUCACCAUACCAAUGGCUAUGCUUCGCCGAGCACACCACCGCCUACGGAUAAGGCGACGCAGGGUCUAGCUAAGAUGAACCCGGAAGUUGUCAAGGCAGUGGCAAAGUUACUGAAGAGCAAUACUGUCCCCACGACUUCGAAACAAGCUCUUGUAUCUCUCAUCAAAGACAUGGUCAUCGCCCAGAAAGGUGGCCUAGCUGACCGCACCGACCAAGUCCUUGACCCUGUCAUCGAUGUCCUCAGCACACUCGGCUCGAACCCUGCGAGCAACAGCCUCCGCGUUGAGAUCAUGCAUCAGCUUCGCGUCAUUGCCGAGUACCACAGCAGUAGUGUUAUUCAACCUGCCAAGGUUGUUCCGGCUCUGGCGAAGGCGAGUAAAGACCGGUAUGCCAAAGUUUCUGCUGAGGCGCUGGCAACUAUCGAGGCUUACAUCAAGGCUCUCACCCCACCGCGAGCUACGAAGGCACAGAGUGGGCAGUACCUGUCUCAGCUAUAUCAGGUUGCUGUUGAGAGAGUCGGUGCCACGGACACAGAUACCGAGGUCAGGCAGAAGGCUGUCCAGGCUCUCGGUCUCCUUAUUGGUCGCACGAGCGGUUCCACUGGCGCCAAUCUGCUAAGCCAGAACGAUCGUUUUGCGGGCCAACAGAUCAUUGCCGAAAGACUACGGAACGAGCUCACUCGUCUUGCUUGUGUGCGUGCCGUCGACACGAUUGCCGUGCUGGCCCAGAGUCCGCAGGACUUCAAGCCCGGCUGGGUUGAUGCUGUUGCAUUGGAGCUUGGCGCUCAACUCAACAAGGCUAGUCGGUCUUUGCGUGGAGCUAGCUUGGCUGCGUUGAAGAUGCUUGCUGUAAAUCAGGCAUCGCGGGAGUCCUUGAGCGAUAGCACGAUCAGCCAGCUGGUCAGCAUGCUGGUGUCGUUACUGAGGCCGGAUGAUCUGCAUAUGAUGGGUCCGGCACUGAUCGUUCUGGCAGCUUUCGCAAAGGAUAGACCUACCCUCGUCGCUACGGGUGACGUUAUCAGCGGUAUCUGCGCGAUCGUGGUUUCGUCUUCGAUCACGGGUGUCGCUCUCGAUGCACUGGUUACUUGUGUGGAUGCAAUUGGACAAGCUGGCGCGGGACAGAAUCUCAUGCAGGCUUUGCUCAAUGUCGGCACGCAAGGUGAUCCCGAUAUCACUGGGCAAGUCAUCGGGACUCUGCUUGUGGCGGGUGGAGAGGGCAAGAUGGGCGUCAGGCUGGCCGACUUCACGAGGGAGCUCUCGGUGCAGCAGGAUGAGACGAAGAAGUGUCUGGCGCUUUCUGUGCUUGGCGAGGCUGCUCUGCGGCUGGGUACGAGCUGUCCCCUCAAGCCUACUAGCUUUACGCCUUACUUCGCCGACAAUAGCGACAAGGUCAAGUUGUCUGCUGCUGUUGCUCUUGGCCGUGCGGGCGCUGGUGAUGUCAAGACAUACUUGCCUAGCAUUAUGGAGGCCUUGAAUUCGAAUGAGCGUCAGUAUCUGCUGCUGCACUCCGUCAAGGAACUCCUACAGCACAGCAACGCCGAGGAGGAUAUCAAGCCAUAUAUGGAAGUGCUGUGGCAGAACAUCGUCAACUCUGGCCAAGCAGAAGACAACAAGGUCGUCGGGGCUGAGUGUAUUGGUCGUCUCGCCAUCAUCGACCCUGCGGCCUAUCUCCCUCAACUCCAGACCUUCCUCCAGAACUCGAAUCCUGCUGAUCGCGGCAUGGUGAUCUCAGCUUUACGCUACGUCUUUUCCGAGACUGAAGGAGGCUACGAUGAUAACCUGCGAACAACCAUCAUCCCCAUGCUAGCCACCAUGCUCGCCGACAAUAACCUCGACAACCAACGCAUGUCCCUCACCACCUUCAACUCAGCCCUGCACAAUAAGCCCGACCUCGUGCUCCCCCACCUUCAAGACUUACUCCCCUACGCCAUGCGCGCCACCGUCAUUCGCCCCGAACUCGUACGCGAAGUCAAAAUGGGUCCCUUCACGCUGAAAGUCGACGAUGGUAAGGACAUGCGACACUCCGCCUACGAAACCCUCUACGCACUCCUCGAUACCCCAGCCUCGCGCCAACGCCUCGACAUUCCUGCCUUCUACGACCGCAUCGUAGCCGGUCUAGGCGACGAACACGAAAUCAAAAUCCUCUGCUGUCUUGUGCUGUCUAAACUCCUCGUGAUCGCCCCAGCGGAGACGAUGAGGAGGUUGGAUGAUUUGGCUGCUGCGCUGAGAGCGGUGUUGGCAGAGAAGUUGAAGGAGAAUGCUGUCAAGCAGGAUGUGGAGAAGUUGAAUGAAAGGCAGAAGGCUGUCAUUAAGGUCUCGGUCGUGCUUAAUAAGGGGGCUGCGGCGGGGGUGGAGGAGAGCAGAGGAUGGAGGGAUUAUUUUGAGUGGGUCAGGAAGGAAAUGGCGCCGUUGCUUAAGACGGCUGAGGAGGAAAUGAGAGGGGCGGCGGAGUUUUGA